CUUGACCGCGAUUCGCUAUUGUUUGUCGUCGGCACUUUGUUUACAUCGAGUGGUUUGAAACGAAGUGUCAGAAGUGCUCUCCGAUUGACGAUGGCAGACGAAGAAAACUCAUCCGACCGUGCCGAUGGAGAUACUCCAAAGCCAGAGAAGAUGUUCACGCUCAAGAAGUGGAAUGCCGUGGCCAUGUGGAGCUGGGACGUCGAAUGCGACACUUGUGCCAUUUGCCGGGUGCAAGUCAUGGAUGCCUGCUUGCGGUGUCAGGCCGAGAGCAAGACGGGCAGCGGAAAGCAAGAUUGUGUCGUAGUUUGGGGAGAAUGCAACCACAGCUUCCACUACUGCUGCAUGUCGCUGUGGGUCAAGCAGAACAACAGGUGUCCCUUGUGCCAGCAGGAAUGGAGCAUCCAACGAAUGGGAAAAUAAGAUCAAGAUUAAUAUUGAAUUGCUGUGGCUUGUUAAUUAGGUUUAUGUGGGUUUUGAUAAUAAAGUAUUAUGACUGUGA